CUUUGUUAAUUUGCAUCGAGCUCAUCCCCAGGAGAAGCAGUAGCUAUGCGAGUGCUUUUCGGUCUUAUCGCGGUGGCCUUUGUCGCCGUUUCUCUGGUCCGCGAUGUCGGAGCGGCGAAGCGCGAGGCGCCCCUGAACAACGCUUACCUGCCUCCCUCCACGCCUCAGAGGCCUUCCUCCAAAUAUGGAGCCCCGCCUGCCAGCUCCUAUCUGCCACCCGCCUCCGGUCCGGCGCCCUCUUUCAACUCCGGUCCUGCCAGCAGCUACUCCGCUCCCUCGUUGAGUGCCUCGUCGGGCGGUCCUUACCCGGCGCCUGCCCCACGACCCUCCAGCUCUUACGGACCACCGGCUUCGCGCCCAUCCUCCAACUACGGACCGCCGCCAAGCCGCCCAAGGGAAUCGUAUGGACCGCCUCCUCCCAAGAAGCAGCCUCAUCGCCGUCCUUCUAGCAGCUAUGGAGCGCCACGUCCGGCACCACCCUCGCAGAGCUAUGGAGCGCCUCCCUCCUCCAGUUACGGACCCCCGAAGUCUUCGCCUCCGUCGCAGAGCUAUGGAGCUCCCGCCCCACCAUCAAACAAAUACGGACCUCCCAAGUCGGCACCUUCAUCCAGCUACGGAGCUCCCAAGCCGGCGCCUCCCUCUUCUUCUUACGGCGCCCCAGCUCCCCCCUCCUCGUCUUACGGAGCUCCCUCGUUAGGAUCCUCUUCUUUUGGAGCCUCGGCACCAUCCUCGUCUUAUGGAGCACCUGCCGCGCCUUCGAAGUCUUAUGGAGCACCCGCCCCACCAUCUUCGUCUUAUGGAGCACCUUCUGUACCUUCCAAGUCGUAUGGACCUCCUGCUGCCCCGCCAUCCUCAUCCUAUGGAGCACCAGCCCCGCCUUCCAAAUCUUAUGGAGCACCGCCGGCACCUUCUUCAUCCUAUGGAGCACCUUCUGCUCCUUCGGCACCAUCCUCAUCGUACGGAGCACCUGCUGCUCCAUCUAAGUCUUAUGGAGCUCCUCCUGCCCAGCCAUCCCAAUCAUAUGGAGCACCUGCCGCACCAUCUCAAUCAUACGGAGCGCCUCCUGCACCAUCCAAGUCCUAUGGAGCACCCGCCCCACCAUCACCCUCCUAUGGUGCCCCUGCUCCUCCAUCCUCAUCUUAUGGAGCACCCCCACAGGCCCCAUUAAGCAACUAUCUGCCCCCUGCCCAGCGGCCAUCGAAGCCCUCCUCCAGCUACGGAGUCCCCAGUGUAAGCAGUUUCGUUCCAUUGCCUUCAGCCCCUUCCACCAACUACGGAGCCCCAUCGAAGACCCAAAGCCUGGGCACCAGUGGCUACUCCUCUGGACCGUCUUCCUCCUAUGAUGCCCCCGCUGCACCACCAUCAUCCUCCUAUGGAGCUCCUGCCGCUUCGUCGUCAUCGUCCUUCCAGCCAAUUUCUCCGCCAUCAUCCAGCUAUGGCGCUCCGGCCAGUGGCGGAGCCAGCAGCUUCUCCACCGCUCCAUCCUCCCUGUACGGUGCCCCAAGCAAGGGCUCUAGUGGACCAUCAUUCUCCUCUGCUCCUUCCAGCUCUUACUCGGCUCCAAGCCCCAGUGCUAAUAUCGGAGGAUCCUACCCGUCGGCUCCAUCUUCAUCUUAUGCCGCUCCAAGCUCAGGCUCGAAUUCAGGAGGUCCCUACCCGGCAGCUCCUUCAUCUUCGUUCUCAGCUCCUAGUGCCUCUGCUAACAGUGGAGGAUCUUAUCCAGCUGCUUCGUCCUCCUUCUCGGCACCAUCUUCUUCCUACUCGGCCCCAGGAUCGGGUUCUAAUAGUGGUGGACCAUACCCUGCGGCUCCUUCUUCCUCAUACUCGGCACCUAGCUCUGGAGCAAAUAGUGGAGGUCCUUAUCCAUCGUCUCCUUCGUCUUCAUACUCGGCACCCAGCUCUGGCGCAAGCAGUGGAGGUCCUUACCCAUCAGCUCCUUCAUCGUCUUACUCGGCACCCAGCUCUGGAGCAAAUAGUGGAGGUCCUUAUCCAUCGGCUCCUUCUUCUUCAUACUCGGCACCCAGCUCUGGCGCAAAUAGUGGAGGUCCUUAUCCAUCGGCUCCUUCGUCUUCAUACUCGGCACCCAGCUCUGGUGCAAACAGUGGAGGUCAUUACCCAUCAGCUCCUUCAUCGUCCUACUCGGCUCCCAGUCCCAGUUCGAACAGCGGAGGACCUUACCCAUCAGCUCCAUCAUCAUCCUAUUCGGCACCGAGUCCUAGCUCCAACUCUGGAGGACCCUAUCCCUCGGCUCCCUCAUCAUCUUACUCAGCACCGAGUCCCAGCUCGAACUCCGGAGGACCCUAUCCAUCUGCGCCAUCCAACUCCUACUCGGCACCCCCGUCUCCACCAUCUUCGUCGUACGGAGCACCGGCUUCGGGAUCCGCCUCCUCUUCAUUCAGUUCAGCUUCUUCGAGUAGCUCUGGCGGGGGUUUCUCUUCCGGCCUGAACUUCCCCAGCGGUCCCUCGUCCAGUUACAGUGCUCCCCCCGCUGGCGGAUCAUCCAGUUCCGGCCCAUAUCCGAGUGCUCCUGCCCAGGAUUCCGGGUAUGCGUACAAUGCCCCCAGCCAGGUGCCCGAGACCAUCCAGCAGGGCUACAGUGCCGACGGCGGCUAUACCUACCGCAAGAAGUGAACGGAAUAGGAGCCACUGCCCCGCAGUGGUAUCAGCCACGUGCCUACGAGAAUACUCAGCCACCCAUCCAUUCCAUUUCCACCAUCGACUCAUCCAUUCCGCAACUGUAAAUUAUUCCCCACGAGACGCCCAUUCGUUUUCUCUCCCAUGGAACCUCUAGACGUAAUUCACUGUACCCUUAGAUGUAAAAAUUUCAAAAGCGUUUUGUUGAAAGAAAAAUAAACAACUUGAUGAAGAUCAUAA